AUGGAUUCCCCUUCCGACUCGCCCGCUUCUGCUGCAGAAGAGACGCCAGGCCAGCGACAAGCCCGGCUCCGCCGCGAGCGCCGCAACGCAAAGAUCCAAGCCGGAGGUUCGGCGCGCCUGCAAGCGAUCACCUCUCUAAGCGGACGCCCUCCCCCAGCCGACGAUUUCCCAUCGCAAUCACAACCCGCAUCCACCACCCCACAGCCCAAACCCAGACCCGCACCCUCCGCCCACGACGAUCCAGACGAAGUAGACAUAAGCCAGCACUUCUACACGCCCACCUCUCGCGCACUUACACCACAACCGCCGCCGGACUUCAACCCCUUCGGCGCCGCGUUCCCACAGCCGAACAAUGGCUCCGCGACCGCAAACGCCGGCGCAGAGGACCCGAUGCUCCGCAUGAUGCAGCAGAUCCUGGGCGGCAGCGGCGGGGCGCCCGGCGACGGCGGCCUGCCGCCCGGUCUCGCCGACAUGUUUGGCGCCUUGGGCGGACAGAGCGAGCAGACGCAGCCGCCGGCGACGAGCUCAGCAGCGAUUUGGCGAGUAGUCCAUGCGGUCUUCUCGCUCGUGCUCGGUCUCUAUGUCGCUUUGUUUUCGAGCUUCACGGGCUCGAAGUUCAGCAGGAGUCAGACUGUGGAUGGGGCCACGGACGUUGUGGGACCGAGGUUGUUUUGGCUGUUUGCUACGGCUGAGGUGGUGUUGCAGUCCUCGAGAUAUUUUCUAGAGAGGGGCCAGUUGCCUGCUAGUGGGUUGUUGGGGACUAUCAGUAGGGCGUUACCGGAGCCGUAUGGUGGGUAUGUGCGAGUGGUGGGGAGGUACAGCGUCAUUUACUCGACAAUUGUGGCGGAUGCGAUGGUGCUGGUCUUUGUGCUUGGGUGUGUGGCCUGGUUGAGAGGCAACAUAGAAGCAUGA